UGCCUGCCUCUCUCUCUCUCUCUCUCUCUCUCUCUCUCUCUCUCUCUCGGGGUCUGUUAUUAUUAAAACUGGUAGCACAAUCUCCAAGUUCAGGCUCUGACUGCAGUCACAAUUCAGAGCCAUUACUGAAAGCUCUGUUUUUCAGCAAAGGCCGGGCGGUUCAUAUUUGAUCCAUGCCAACCUGCUGACCCAAUAAAUAGAUACUCAAAGUCAAAUUUUCUGUUUUGCUUCGGGAACUUUGUUUGGUAGCGAUGGCUUCCAAUGCCACAGCAGGACAUGCAUGUCCACCUCCAAUGAAGGCUACAUCAAACGGUAUAUUUCAGGGUGACGAUCCUCUUCAUUUUGCACUCCCUCUUGCUAUUUUGCAGAUAUGUGUUGUUGUUAUCGUCACUCGCGGCCUUGCCUACGUUCUGAGGCCAUUAAGACAGCCACGAGUCAUUGCUGAGAUUGUUGGAGGAAUACUACUUGGGCCAUCAGCUCUGGGACGGAACAAAAGUUAUCUCCAGGCAAUAUUUCCACCGAAGAGUAUCACAGUUUUGGACACCUUAGCAAACCUUGGUCUCCUAUUCUUUCUAUUCCUUGCAGGACUAGAGAUAGAUCCUAAAUCCAUCCGCCAGACUGGGAAAAAAGCCCUUGCUAUUGCCAUUGUAGGAAUAAGCCUCCCAUUUGCAUUAGGAAUCGGUUCAUCAUUUGUCCUCCGAGAAACCAUAGCCAAAGGGGUAGAUGCUACCGCAUUUCUUGUAUUCAUGGGUGUGGCCCUUUCAAUCACUGCUUUCCCUGUCUUAGCUCGUAUUCUGGCUGAGCUGAAACUAUUGACCACUGACAUUGGAAGAAUGGCUAUGUCGGCUGCAGCAGUUAAUGAUGUGGCCGCCUGGAUUCUACUCGCUCUUGCUGUUGCCCUAUCUGGAAGUAACCAAUCUCCUCUUGUCUCAUUAUGGGUCUUCUUGUCUGGGUGUGUGUUUGUUAUUUGUGCAAUUCUCAUUGUUCCCCCAAUAUUUAAAUGGAUGGCUCAACGAUGUCACGAAGGUGAACCUGUUGACGAGAUCUACGUGUGUGCUACACUAACUGCUGUUCUGGCUGCGGGGUUAAUUACUGAUACAAUUGGAAUUCAUGCCAUGUUUGGUGCUUUUGUGGUUGGAGUUCUUGUUCCAAAGGAGGGGCCAUUUGCAGGUGCUCUUGUGGAAAAAGUAGAAGAUCUUGUAUCUGGUCUCUUUCUACCGUUGUACUUUGUGUCAAGUGGACUGAAGACUAAUGUGGCCACAAUUCAGGGGCUUCAGUCAUGGGGUCUUUUGGUUUUGGUCAUAUUUACUGCCUGCUUUGGGAAGAUUUUUGGGACUAUUAUGGUGUCUCUUUUCUGCAAACUGCCUGUCCGCGAGGCUUUAGCUUUGGGGUUCCUAAUGAACAGUAAAGGAUUGGUGGAACUCAUUGUCCUCAACAUUGGUAAAGAUAGAAAGGUCUUGAAUGACCAGACUUUUGCAAUUAUGGUUCUAAUGGCUCUCUUUACUACUUUUAUCACUACGCCCCUUGUCAUUGCCGUGUAUAAGCCAGCGAAAAAGGCUGGAAUGGCUGUUUACAAGCAUAAGACAAUUGAAAGGAAAAAUAUGAACACCCAACUAAGGAUCUUGGCCUGUUUUCAUAGUGCGAGAAACAUUCCAUCAAUUAUAAAUCUGCUUGAGGUUUCACGAGGUACAAAGAAGCGUGAAGGCCUUUGUGUCUAUGCAAUGCAUCUCAAGGAGCUCUCUGAGAGGUCAUCAGCUAUAUUAAUGGUACACAAGGCGAGAAGAAAUGGGUUACCCUUCUGGAAUAAGAGCCAGCAACCAAAUUCGGACAACGUUGUUGUGGCAUUUGAGGCAUACCAACAACUGAGCCGGGUGUCCAUCAGGCCAAUGACUGAAAUCUCUUCAAUAUCUGAUAUGCACGAGGACAUUUGUGCCACUGCUGAGAGCAAAAGAGCUGCAGUCGUAAUUCUUCCAUUCCAUAAGCACCAGAGACUUGAUGGUACAUUAGAGACUACACGAAAUGACUUCCGCUUGGUUAACCAGAGGGUUCUUCAGCAUGCACCUUGCUCAGUGGGAAUUCUGGUUGAUCGUGGGCUUGGUGGAGCAACUCAUGUAGCUGCAAGUAAUGUUUCUUAUAACAUCACAGUUCUCUUCUUUGGGGGUCGUGAUGACAGUGAAGCCCUUGCUUAUGGUGCUCGUAUGGCUGAGCACCCUGGUGUAAGUUUAAUGGUCAUUCGGUUCUUAGUGGAACCUGAGGUUGUGGGGGAGAUUUCAAGAAUUAAUAUUGAUGAAAAUGGUAGCACCAAAGUGGGGUCAGUAGAUGAGGAAGUCCUUGCUGAGUUUAAGCAGAAAAUUUCCAAAGAUAACUCAAUAACGUACGAAGAGAAGACGGUCAGAAACAAUGCACAAACCAUCGCUGUGAUUCGUGAGGUAGGCCGCUGCAAUCUGUUUCUUGUGGGGCGAACACCUGGUGGUGAAGUAGCCUUAGCUAUAAAUAGGAGGAGUGAGUGCCCAGAACUCGGUCCUCUUGGGAGCUUGUUAAUCUCGCCAGAUUUCUCUACAUCGGCAUCAGUCUUGGUAGUGCAGCAGUACAAUGGCCAGGUAUCAUUGAACUUGGCCUCUGAAAUUGAGGAAGAGUCACCUGAAAGAGACAGAGAAUCGACAUAAUUGGAUUUCCAAUGUCUUGAAUAUGUCUUGGAUUGGUUUACAAUGUAACUUAGAUGUUCUUCUAAGCAUGCACAGUUUAGGCUCCCAUCACAUAAUCACGCUGCAAAUGCAAUUAGUCAUAUAGUCAUCGUUAUAGUUCCAUUCUCCGCAGCAGUUGUUGGUAAACAAUCUCUUUUUAUUAUAUCAGUUUAAUUUGAAGGCGUUUUGCGUUUUAGAUAGUAA